GAAGAAGCAGCCAUGAACACUACACAGAUGGAGCAGAUGGGCCAGUUCAAGAUCACAGUCUGGGAGGAGGAGAACUUCCAGGGCAAGCGCUGCGAGUUCAUGCUGGAGUGCCAGAACAUCAUGGAGAGGGGCUUCAUCAAGAUCCGCUCCAUCAAGGUCGAGAACGGACCUUGGGUGGGUUAUGAGUACCCAGAGUUCCAGGGCCAGCAGUUUAUCCUGGAGAAGGGAGACUACCCUCGCUACGAGGCCUGGAGUGGAAACAGCAGCUACAGAACCGAGCACAUGCUUUCCUUCAGACCCAUCAAGUGCGCUAACCACAGCGACAGCAAGGUGACCCUGUACGAGUGUGAGGACUUCCAGGGCCGCAAGUUCGAGAUGUGUGACGACUACCCCUCCCUACAGGCCAUGGGCUGGUGCAGCAAGGAGGUGCCCUCCAUCAAAGUCAACUCGGGAGCCUGGGUGGCCUACCAGUUCCCCGGUUACCGUGGCUACCAGUACAUCCUGGAGAGAGACAGACACCAAGGCGAGUACAGAAACUACAACGAGUUCAGCACCCAGGCCCACACCAACCAGGUGCAGUCCAUUCGCAGGAUCCAGCACUAA